GGCAGACGAUCGUUUUUCAGCUUCCUCAUUGGAGCGUUCUGGUUUAUUUUUAAUUCAGUCCUUCAGUUCCAUCCGUUUCGGCGUGCGCGGCGUUAAUCAUUUAACGUUGAGUCCAGAGAUUCAGUUAGAACUCUUACCCAGACUCGCGAAGAAGUGUUUGUAUAUCAUGCGAACACUCUCUGUUUUCGCGAUAUGUUCAUUUCAGUUACUUUACGCUGUUUUUCUACAGAGUGCUCACUAAAGCGUGAAGCAUAGAUUUUUGCCUCCCUUGGCGUCGGCCAUAUGAUUGAACGUCGCGAAAAUUGCAUUGCUGUUGAAGAAUUCGAUACACAGAAACGAGAGUGCCAAACGAGUGUUAAUGCAGUAUGACUAGUGCAAACGUCAGAAUGCGAAUUACUUUCGGUUCUUGAUCCUGCGCAAAGGCCAUCUCCUGUUAAUCAGUGCAUGUGUUUGUGGUUUAUUGACGGAAAGCCUCGAGAAGCGGCGUCUGUCGACGUAUGUCCGCGCUGGUAGAACAUCAGCUGGGCGAUCCUUCGCACACUAAAAAUAUGCUUAGAAUUUUGAGGUCAGACUUGUGAAAAAUGUACAAAUAUUCGGAAUAUAUUUGGUUAAUUUUUAUACGCAAGUGACAAGUGAAAUAAAACGUGCGAUAGUGAAUGUUUUAAUAAGCCGCGAUCUUCAACUUAGUUUUAUGGGUCAAAAUGAACAUAAAAUAUCAGCGCGCCGGAUGAUCGGAUACAAUCCCUUCGGAGAGCAAGUAUAACACCACAUCACACUUCAAAGCGUCGAACACAUCCGCAGCGCAUUUGGGAUAAUAAAAACAAAAGUUAAAUAAACAACACAAAAGUGCGUUCACCGUUCACGAGAAGAUAAUACUCAACGUUGUUGCAAUAUUCGCAAACUGUUGCAGUUCGUUUUUUGGCAACGAAAAUAGUCUUGUGCCGAUGCCGUUACAGAGUGGAAUUUCGACCUGAUCCUAGAACAUGUGUAACCGCGAGAUCGCUGCGAAGGAUGGUUUUCGAGCAGUGACGGAAUCAACACGAUGAUGCGAUGAUCUCGUUGGUGAUCGUACCUUGAAUCGGGGUGUUGUGGUUCAUCGUCCCAGUGGUUGGUUACAUGUAAAUGAAUUGGAAAUAAGAAAAAAAAGAUCAAUUUGUAAGAGCGUUGUUUUGUUAGAUUGCUAACACUGCAGUUGCCGGCCACAAUUCAAGUGUAGUGUAAGUGCAGUGAAGAUAAAUUUAGAAAAUGAAAAUUGUUGCUGUCUGCGGGGGAAAUUUAUCGUACACAUGUCGAAAGUGAUCCCAGAUGUAAUGGAAGACGAACCAUCAAACGGACUGGACGAUGGCUCGGCCACACGUCGCGGACGCUUCCGCGUGUCUGCUCCGCCAGCGGGGCCUCCUGAAACUACCGUGGGCAGAUUUCGGCUAAUACCACAAACAGGAACCUAUGGACCAGCAUCGCCAUUUUUACAGCGAGGUCGCUUCUCCGUCAUUCCGGAAGAGCCUCAAAACUCUCCGAGCUCAACCAUGGCACCGUUAAUCACCGUAACCGAUCGUCAGGCGUCGCCAGACUGGGACUUCGAUGAUGAGAAAACGGUAAGUGGUGCGGAUUUUAUCGGGGUUGGGUUGGAGCUAUUUGCUGUGAACAGGUUAUUCUAUGACUCAUGUGCUUGGUCAAUUUUAAAAUAUAUUCCCAAACUAUCUGGACAAUAUCGUAGCCUUUGAAACUCCCAUACU